AUGGUUCCCCGAGGCCUAGACCUGGUGGAGCGGGGCGAGACGGUGGGGCGCCAGGCUGUGGCUCUGAAGGCUCUGGCGGAGCGCCACCGCAUCCCCAUCGUCGUCACAAACCAGGUGACCUCGAGGCCGACGGGCCCGGCAGUCCAUGCCUUCCAGGGCGCGGGCGCGCCGCCCACCGCGGCGGCGAGUGCCGGCGGCGGCGGCGACGAGGGCCACCUGGCGGCGGCGCUCGGCACCAAGUGGGCGCACAGCGUCAACGUGCGGCUGGUGCUGGAGCGGCAGGGCAACCAGCGGUUUAUCAAGAUUGCCAAGUCGCCGCUGAGCCCCAACGUCGCGUUCGAGUACGCCGUCACAGCAGCAGGAGUCCAGCAGGUCGGCAGCGGGCCCGUCGCCCCGCAGGCCGGCGGGGGCGCGCAGGUGGCGGGCAGCGCGAUGGCCAUGCCGAUCCUGAACCAGCAGCCGCCAGAGGUCGCCGACUGGGGGGAUGGGGGAGGAUGGUAG